UUACUGUCAAGAUUUAUAUGCAAUGUUUUUGCAUUAUUCGCCGUUUUGGAAUUCACACCUCUCGCUCUUUCAAGUCUUGACAAAGUUUUAUUUAGUUCCAUUCUUACAAUUUGUUAAGACACAGGUACACAUAUGUAUGUAUCUGAUUGUCCAUUGUGUCCAUCCGUAUCCUGUAGUUUUAUCCAACAAGGUGCAAUCUGCGUGAAGAAAAUGCCUAAAAUAAUCCAUUUUACUUAAAAUAUCAUCUUUUCGUGGUGCUGUGAAGGUGAUCUGUGUAGAAAUCCAGUUUAUUAAACAUCGACACACAACAAGGAUUUAAUAUGUGGUCUGUUUGAUAAUAUUAACGAAUAAUUUACCAACAAUACGAAACAUACAACUGUACAGGAACAGACGGAAGCAUGGAUUCGUCCGUACAACAUCUUAUUUCCGGAUUAUACCUCGACAUGAAAACAUGGCGUGGGGGCAACGCCACAGAACUAUAUCCGCCCUGGAUGAAUCCACACGUGGUAUCCAGAGGUCAACAAUUUGCUUUAGAACAUGUGACAUGAGUUGUUUUAUCGGCAUUUUACGGGUUAACUAUGCUCUUCGCAUUUCCCCAGAUAAGCGAUAUUCUCAUCUUUACAGAAAAUUCUGACACCCGUCCCCGCGCCGGGCGUCGUUAUGCUGCCACCAUGUUACAAGUAUUUCUCUGGAUGCGACGCGGAUUUCAAAUGUAUCCAGCCUGGACGCUGAAAAGUUUGUCGAACGUGCACCUAAUCCAUGGCAGAGUGGCGGAUAACGUGGCAGCAGCUUUGGCGCAAGGAACUUUUCGUCACAGGGUGGAGUCUAUUGUUCAAAAUAGGAAGAUUAAUUCCGCUUUGUGGGCAGCCUUCCAGACGGACUUGGACCAAUCUGGGAUCCCUCAAAUUAUGCGAAUUAUUCCGAAAGAAUUGCAAAGAGGGAACCACGUCAGCGUUCCAAUGAACCAGUUCGUCCAUGCCAUGACACAGUGGGCCUUUUUCGCCGUGCUUGCCACAAAUCCUGAAAAAACUUUGGUAUUUAACUCCAAAAGGGAAGGACUUUUGGACUUUGCACAUUUAUGGGCCGUCCUAGGUCACGCUAUGGGGUUGGAGGACGACUUCAAUAUAGCCCUGCCACACACCCAGUACCCCCGACAGUUCCAAGUGGAGCGAAUGCAGAGUUAUUUAAGUGAAAUAAAAUCCACGUACUUCAUUCCGAUGCUGUUUAAUUUGCAAAAGGAGAACAAAAUUUUAAUGGAGGCAUUUAUGCAGGCAACUUCAGAUAUUUUAGGAAAUCCAGGCAACUUCCUCACAGAUCCGGAAUUUUUACUGAGAGGAAUUCUCCGUGACGUGGUGGGCAUUCCAAUUCCCAAUUUAGAAGCAAGACGACGCUUCAGUCCGGUCUCAUCGUACAGUUUGGACUGGUUGGUACAGGUCGGUUCGAGACUGCCACACAUUCUGUUUUCCAACUGGAACAAAAUCUUCACACCGUUCGCUGCCCUUACGCAUUUUCAAAUAGGUUUCAAGUAUUUUGGACUCUUGUACUCGUCCGAUGAAAGUAUAGCGAAAUACUGCUUUGUAUCGUGAAACCAAGUAUGUAAAGAUGCCGUACAAAUUCAUAAAUCAUGUACAAUUACUAAUUUACUUGCACUCAAAAUAUUCUGGUGGAAAAUUGUUGCCACGAGGACUAUUUAUUAGACUAGGAAAAAAUGGGAGGAGGAACUCACUUUCGUAGAGUUGGUGUCCAAAUUGUAGGCCGGGUGUGGUUGGGGGAGGUUAAAUUGCCAACGUUUCGAACUCUUGUUCUUUUUCAAGGCGGCGGAGGGGAAGAAUUUUGAGAAGUUGUGACUUCACGUGCCGAAUUGUGAGUGAGGAAGGAAGGGUAAAAAAGGGUAAAGGAAGACCGUUACGCAUGCGUUAACGGUCUUCCUUUACCCUUUUUUACCCUUCCUUCCUCACUCACAAUUCGGCACGUGAAGUCACAACUUCUCAAAAUUCUUCCCCUCCGCCGCCUUGAAAAAGAACAAGAGUUCGAAACGUUGGCAAUUUAACCUCCCCCAACCACACCCGGCCUACAAUUUGGACACCAACUCUACGAAAGUGAGUUCCUCCUCCCAUUUUUUCCUAUUAUUUACUCACUAUGCAC